AUGCCAGAAAGGAUCCCUUCCAGGAUCGAGUCAGACCCGUUGACCAAGCCAGAGUUUCGGCUGGGCGCCAUCGCUUGGCAAGAGACGAACAAAAGGGUACCUCUAGAUCACCUAAUCGUGGAGCGACUCAUCAAAAUUGCUGAUUGCAUUGAACUCGAGGCUGCCACUAACCUCGAGAGAGGAUACAAUUUGCCGGCCUGGCCUCUUCUACACCUCAGACAGAUCCGGAGGCUUCUCUUCUCCCUGCUCCACGACAUGGUCAGUUGGUGGAGAUAUUUUCCAUUCAGAAACCUUCUCACGCUGGCAGGAAGAUACAACUUCGGAUCGGUAUGUACAUUGAUACUAUUGCUAGCAAGAGAAACCAUAUAG